CGUCUCGGCCUUUGCCGGCUUCUGUCAGUCGUUUCUUUGUCUCCUGCUGUUUUUUUUUUUAAAUCGGAUUUUAACACAAUUUUUUACAAUGACAGCUAGGGCCCGGGGUUACCACUCGGAGUGGGAUCAAAUGAACGAGGAUUAUAAUUGUACCACUUAUGAUGCACAGUACCCUGAUGAUGAAGUGAGUGGAGGCGUGGAACUGGACCACUGUAGGCUUUACAUCACAAACGUACCGAAGAUGUUGACCAACGAGGGUCUCCGUAUGGCAUUCUCUAAGUACGGAACCCUUACUGAAGUCCAUUUGAGCAAGGAUCCACAGAAGAAGUAUGCAAUAGUGAGAUUCGAAACUCCAGGCGAAGCAAAGUUGGCGAUGUCAAAACUGAAUAAGACAGAACCAUUGAAACUCAAUAUAUUCAUAGCACAUAAGACAAAAAAAUCAGGGCAGAACAAUCGGGAUCAAGCCAGGGAGAGGCCGGACCGGGACGGUCUAUCAGCCCGGCCCAUCAUCAGAGAUGACACCAGCAGCGUAGACAGUAGAGUCAGAAGUAUAAGAAAACAAAUGGAUUUGACAAAUGGUGAUAAUGAUGUGGACGAUGAUGCUCUUGGUGAUGAUGCAUUUGAUGUAGACAUGCUGGACCCAGAGAUACACCUCGAGCUGGAGCAGAUUAAGCUGAAACAGCUGGAGCUGCAGGAGAAGCAGGUCCGCUGCAAGCAGAGGAUGCUGCUCAUCAAGCAGUCCAAGAAAGUUGCGAAUCUAAAUACAUCAUCAAACCGGUGCAUCCUACCUGACGGAAGAAUUGUUGUACGCAAUGUCAACGAACGGAACUUGGAGCACCGUGAGGCGGACGCUAGCUACGGCACGGGCGCUGGCGAUUCGCGCGUGAGGUCGCGCGCGUGUGUCACGUGCGGCAGCGAGGAGGCCGACUUGUACUGCGCCCGCUGCGGCGUCACGCCGUACUGCUCGCCCGCCUGCCAGCGCAGGGACUGGUCCGACCGACACAAGGCUGUCUGCCACAACCUGGCCAGAUUGGCCGGUGGAAGGCUGGAUGGGCAACAUGCCAAUAACUCUACUGAGGCUCAGCCAGCUAUUCCUGCGGUCAUGCCACUGCGCCGUCCAUACUCGCCCGCCAAGAGCACUAAGAGGGAACCACAGCAUAAGCAGGCUGCAGAGGAACCGGCCACCGACAACCAGAACAGGGUAUUCAACCCGCCCGGCCAGAAUAUGUCCAGGCAAACGGCACGCAAUAGCAAUCAGAACAACAACCGCGGCAACACUGGCGGCGGCGGACGCUACAAUAACACGAACAAUUACAACAGAAACAGAGCGAGCAACGACAGGCGGCCGCAGAAGCAGAAUUCGCAAGAAGACGAAAACUGGGACAAGGGGGCGUUUACCAAACCAGAGUCCAAAGAUGUCAAGCUCGCCCCAUCGCCAAAGAAUGCACCGAACUCGCCGAAAAGCCACUCCAACGUCCAGUUGAAAGCGAAAGAGGUUGAAUCACCGAAAACACAAGAACCCACCAACCUGGUCAAGAAUACGACCAGUAAUGUGCCACAGACUAAGAAUCCGAAGGAGCCAACCAAAGCGCCUGGUAGUUUGACCGACGUCACGCCUGGCAAAAAACCGUUGGUGCCUAAAAAUUACCUGAUAGAGCAGCUCUCAAUCGGUGACACCUUCCUCCUCUCCGUGGAGGGUGCGGCUGCUGACUGCGCCACCAAGCGGCCUGGUUUUGUCUGUCUCUCCAUGCACGAGUCGUACAACGACCAGUACAUGAAACUCUGUGAAGAUUACAUCCUUGAGUGCGAGGCGGACACCGUUGCGUUUACUCCAUCACUGGGCGAGACGUUCUCUUACUUGAGCCCGGACGAUGGCGGUUGGUACCGCGCCCGCCUGCUGGCCACCGACCGCGCUGCGUUGCUCGACUCGUGCCGCGUGGUGGCGCUGCAGGCGACCGACGGCUGCAAGCGGCUGCCGCCCGGCUACGACGGCAUGCCGGAGUUCGCUUGCCUGCUCAGUGCCAAUGUCAAGGUGGGUGAGAACUUAUCGUGCAAGAUUCUGUCCAAAUUUAACGACGGAUUCAAAGUGCUCAUCCAGAAUAUCGAUACUAACAUGGCGGUCGGCGAGGGCGAGGUGUUCCGCUGGGUGCCCGAUAUUGAAUAUCCUGCCACUGUGCAAAAAGCCCCAAUCCCCGAGGUGGUCCGGCCUCCUGUGGCGAACAACAGCAAGGUGCUACUGGUGGAUAUGACGGCGUGUGAUCGCGUGUUUGUACGACCGGCCGACCCGACCGCGGUGCGGUGCUUCGACGAUCUGUUAGCUAACGUUGUGGUGGCGGCCGCCAACGCAAGUCCACUGACGGAGCCGCCUCGCCAGGGCCAGACGGUGAUCGGACAGUACACGGACGGGCUGUACUACCGCGCCCUCUGCAAGCGGACCAACGUCAAACAGAAUAAAUACCUGCUGGAGUACAUUGAUUUUGGCAACGUGGAAAUUUCAACACUAGAGAAGUUGUACCCGUGUCCGGCGGACUACGAGAUGUCUGCAGAACCGACCCUGGCUUCCCUGGUCACGUUACCUUUAACUUCUGGUACUGCAUUAACCGCUUUGGCCACUGAGUACAUUGACAAACUGAAGGACUCCAAUGCUGAAUUGUUGCUGACGAUACCGUCUGGUGAUAAGACAGCGCCGAGUGGUAGCCCGGUGACCCUGACGGUGGUGAAAACUAACCAGUCGGUGAACAAGCGGAUCGAGGAGCUAUCUACUCCCGAAUGGAAGAAGUUGGAGAUCAAGGGUGGUGAUGUUAUCGAUACGGAGCCGGUGAUGUACGCAGACUUGGAGUACCUGGAGCUGCCGCCCAGGGACUGCGAGAUGGAGAUCCUGGAUGUGAGCGCGUUGGAAGCCGGCACCCUCUCGGGGUGCGAGCGUUGCAUCGAUCACGCCAUGCUGGAACGACUCACUGACAGGAUGGCAGAUUACUGCAAGAGUGACAUCGGCAAGCAGCCGUACUUGCCGAAACACGACGAGCUCUGCAUCGCCAAGUUCCCGCCCUAUCCGCAGUGGUUCCGCGCGGUGCUGCUGGAGCACAUACCCGGCGAGGCGGAUGCUAAAGUGUGCUACGUGGACUACGGAAACGUCGGUUUCGUACCUGUCAUGUCUAUACGCAAGAUGCUGCCGGAAUUUGUCCGCGGACACCCGGCGGUCGCGUCGCAUCUCGAGAUCAAAGAUUUCCCCAAAGACCCCACACCGGAUAUGUUGGCCCGAGCGGUCGUACAUAUGAAGAUUAACGACGAAGGCCGCGGACUGUUACGAGUCUCGCGCUGCCUCAAGCAAGAACCCGGACUGUACAUCAUCGAAGUGCCAGAACUGUUAGCCGCUAUGAAGGAUAAUAACAAAGUUGUCUCAAAAAAGUCUGUUAACUCAAUAAAUAAUAUCGAGUUAAAAUGGAAGCAAAAUCCACUGUGAUCAAAUCUAAGUCGUCCAAUAGCGCUAUGACGACGAAAUCUGAAAACAGAAGCAACAAGAAGAGUAGAAGCAAUGUAGAAUUUCAGAGGAAUAGUGUAAAGAAGAGAGGAAUGUAU